AUGCCUGAACCACGAAGUGCCAACAAGACCGAGGACCCCAGGGUCGAGGCCCGAACAACGAGACCGGAGUCUCCACUCAUCGCCAAGUUAGAUGACCUUGACCAGCGAAUGAUCGACAUCGCUCAGUGUAAUGCUGCAUCCUCACCUCUGCUUCGACUUCCUCCCGAAAUCCGGAACAUGAUCUACACUCUUAUCAUCGACGUGAACAUCGUUGUGUUCACAGAGGCAGGAUUGGGUCGUGGUAGACACCCCAUUCAAGAUGGACUCGCUCUCCUCCGCGUUUGUCGUCAGAUACAUGCGGAAGCCGCUCUUCUUCCAUAUGCGCUCAACACAUUUGUGUUCUGGACUUUCACCUCGGAUCUCCAGGCAUUUCUUCAUGGGCGUAAAAAGGAGCAGAUUGCGGCUAUGCGGAAAGUGCAAUGGGGCUCUGGUGGCCCAACGACUGCGGUUGCAUGGAUAAAAGUUCUAUGGAAGCUUGAGCGAGAGAGUUCGAGGGUACGAUGGUAG